GCGCUGGCUGGUGCUAAUGCUGGCUAUAGAAUGAGAGGAUGUGGGCACCGUCUUGGAGCAAGGGGGCAUCGCCAAGGCCAGUUAUGCAGAGCCCUAAGGUGGGUUGACAAAGGGCAGAGCAGGGCUGGUUUGGGCGAUGUCAGGGAGGCAUGGGCAUAG